CAUUGGCUACUUCCAGAUUGCAAAACAAAAAUACUGCAGACCUCAAAUUUGCUCCGUGUUUUAACUUAAUUAAUCAUUGAGUUGGUGACUGUCGACGUGUUUACUCGAGGUUUUUGUGUCAAGUAAGUUGCCCUCUUGGGUUCUGAAUGAUUUUCAGUCAGGAUAUUGCUUUCGAAAGAGAAUUUAGGGACGAGGGAAAGUACUACGCAGAAAUGGGCGGAUCAAGAAGUGGUGCAUUACCUUAGCAACAACUCGGAAGUCAACAAAGAAAGAUGCCCCGAAAAGAGCCUAAAAGGCUGCAUGCGACAACCGCUGCUCGGAUCAGCAAGUCGCUUGCCCAUGUCUGCAAAUUCAUUGACUACACACGUCACGAACUUGACGUAGCAAAAGAGAUGAAGGUCAACUUGGCCCGCAUUGCCCAAAGUCUGCCAGGUCCCAGCCUGGAGCAAGUUAUGACCGAAGUUGUCUCCCACCUGGAGAACGACCUUGGCCUUGGUGACGGUGAAGACUCUGGUCUGGCGACAGCCCUCUCUGUAUUCCUUCAACCGCAGCUGCGAUCUGUCAAUCUCAGCUCAACUUUCCACAAGGUUCGACUGCACCCACAAUUGAGGAGCAACUGCAGUACCAUGGUACAUUCGAGCCUGUCAAGUCUGAAGUACCUGAGUCACCUGAACUUAAGCAUGUGUGCCACAAAUGAUGCACUUCUAACAAUAUCUAAAAAUUGCCCCAACCUGAUCUCACUCAAUGUGUCCUGUUCCGACGAACUCAACGACGAAGGUCUUGUGCACCUUGCUCCGAAAGACUCAAGUGGAUGUGCACAGCUCAGGGUGCUGAACAUGCUAAAAGUGUGGCAGUUGACACCAAAAUGCGUGGCUUUGGUCACAAGCAAUCUUAACCAUCUUGCCUAUCUGGCUUAUGAUCGCUUUGGAGAGAUGAUUGAGUCCAUCGAGCACAAGAACCGUGCCCUCCACUUAAUGAACUUUGACCACUCUUUCAGCAUUUACAAACCUACUUACGAAGAGAUCUGCGCAGCUACAAAAAUUUGUCCCAAUAUCACAGAGUUGAAGGUUAAUACAAACGAUGAGUCACUGCCCUUGUUUAGCGUCAUGGAAAAAGUGGAGCAUGUGACUGUAGAGCUGGACGGAGAAUUAAAAAGUGGGACGGAGAUGUGGUUGCAGUAUUCGGGGCCGAAAUUUCGCAGCGUCGACUUGACCGUUGGUCACGAUAUUACCUGGAAGCAGUUGGUGCACUUGGCAGAGAAUUGUACAAAUCUCAGAAAACUCAAAUUUACUGGACAGAACCUGAUUUGGGACCAGGGCGCCUUUUCAGAAAUCAAUGUCCGCUUUCCUCAGCUUGAGGAGCUUGAAAUGAAUUUCAAAGGGAUUCAAGCCAUACACGAGAAUAUGCUGAAAUGGAUUCUGAGAUCGGCCUGUGACAGUAUUAAAUCCCUUAAAAUUGAUGGUCCCGUUCCAUUUAUUUGUGAUACCUUUGUCGAGACCCUUUUCAAAGAUUACCCAAUGAAGAAUCUGCAGGAAUUCUCUUUUCAAAAGGCGCGCCAGGGGCAGCUAACAGUACAAACUCUGAGACUGGCCAUCAAAAACUGCCCCGAUUUGCAACGUGUGAACCUGAGUGGCUUUACUCUUGAAGCUAGUGAUAUUGAUGCAGUGAGAAAAGAAAUUGAUCAGAGCAACCUCAACAUUAAGUUCUUUGUGGAUCCUGCAUAGGAUCUGAAUAAUAUUAUGUUCACAUCACUUAAAGUUUGUGCGUUUUUUAACUUGAUAGUCUUUUUUGUAGUAAAAGUGGUACUUUAUUUUCACUUUUAAUCUUCUUUUGUUAUUGAGAUAUGUAUAUGAAGAUAAUAUAUCAUACCAAAUAUUCAAUAUUUAUUGCCAAAGGAAUUUACAAUAUUAUUGACAAGAAGAUUAUUUGAUCAUGUUUAUUAUUUGAAUUAAAAGCAAAAAGAGCUGUAAUUUGAAAAAAAAAAUGUGAAUGCUUCAUAUUUAUUACUAUAGUUAAAUUAAAAUGAUUGUAAAAUGUGGUAUAUUGUAUCAGUAUAACCAAAGUGUGUGGAUGAAAUAUGUUAAAAUAAUGCUUAGCUUUAUAGUCAAGAACUGUGGUGAGAUUAUUUCGAAUGAAUAUAAAGUAAUUUUUAACUCAUGAUUUUGUAUAAUUGUGAUUACACUGGUCACAUUAUCAAUUUUGAAUUUGAUUUAAAUCAUUAUAAAUUAAUGAGAUAAUAUAGAUAAAGAGAUUCAUGUAUGAAAGAAGAAAUAAAUACUGCAUUAAAAAUAUUUAUAAGUCCAUCACUGUGAAAAUACGAAAAUAAAACCAAUAAAACAUAAUAAAAACUUGCCAAUA